GGAAUAAAUAACAAAAUUAAAAAUUAUAGAGAGACUGAUUCAUUGAGAUUCAGAAGAAGAAAACGAAGUAGCUAGAAUGCACUGGAUACAACAACCAAUUGACAAUUGAACAUUAAUGUGUGCGCGUGUAUGUAUGUAUACCGUUUAUUGCGAACAAGGUGGGAUUUUUCUUCAAAAAUUCUGUUUUACCUGUUCAAGAUUGCGAAAUUCGAUUCCGUUUGAUGAACUUCUCAUUUGUAAUAAGCUAAUUUGAAACUUUACUGAAUGACGAAGGAUCUGUACACGUGAUUUUUUGGAUGAAUUCUUCUGUUUACAACGUUGAGUAUUUCAUUUGAAUAAUAAAAUACAGCAGUCCUGAAAUGAAUAGUAUGAACACUGCACAGAUUUAAUGGAACACCUUGAAAAACUACUCUACAGUUUACACCAACAGUGUGAAAUGAGUUGAUUUAUAUAUAUAAAACAAUACGUAUAUGAGAUGGAGAAACAGUGCUUAAGAUGAAUAUCAAGAAAUAGCUAUCCUCUGGCUUCAGUGUGUAUUUUUCUAUUUGGCUUUGAUAUAAUGAAGAAUAUGCUCAAAUCACUAUUACUAUUAGAUAAUAUUUCAAUUCGUAUUUUAUUAUUGUUCAUCUGGCGUGAUGCCAUAACUCAGAACACUAAGAAUGCAACAGCAAAUCGUUUCAUCAGGUCUACAUCACUUUCUAUGAUUAAUUUUAAUGGUUUACCAAUAGCACGUGUUUAUGCAAGUACACCAGAAGAGGUAACACCUGGUAGCCUUGUUCUGGAUUUGAGUAAACAUCCCGAAAUAAUCAAAUUUCUAGCUGAUCAAAGUGAUUUUCUAAUGUCUACAACUGGAGCUUAUCGAUACAGACUACUGAAUGCAUUCGACAGUUACUUAUUCCGUGUAGGAUCAAAAACUGGCAAGAUAACUGUUGCUACACGACUAGAUCGAGAAGCAUUAUGUGCAAGUGUAAAAGCACAGUUCUGUUGUAAUUCACGUUCUGGAAGUAUACCGGCCUCAUUUUCAAGUGAAACUGAUUGGAAAAUUAAGUCGGCCGAGUUUAAUCCAGGUCAGCAGUGUUAUUUAGUGGCACAUAUUAGUGUACAGUCAGAUAGUGAGGUGAUUCGGAAUGCAGACAGUUUCCCUGGACCCCACCAGGACAAAACAAGUCGUGCAGCUCUGGUGUACCUUUAUCUACAUUUAGAAGAUAUCAACGACCACACUCCUCAGUUUCCAGAGCACUUAGUUGAUCUAAACAUCAUGGAGGAUACGCCAAUUGGUAGUGUUCUGCAUUAUUUCAGAGUUACUGAUCCUGAUGUGGGUUCGAAUUCACUGAAUUCAGUGGAUUUAACAGUCAGUCCACUGCCUAAUUUACCGUCAGAUCAGACGUCGAAAUCUCAACAGACUAAUUUUUUGAUACCUGACUUAUUGAAUAAACCUUUCGAAGUAACGCUGAACAGAGAUGGUGUAAGUUUCACUCUCAAAAGUCAAUUAGAUCGGGAGACUGUCCCAGCUUAUGACGUAACACUGAUUGCUGUGGAUGGCAAUAAACAAAUUCCCCGUUCAAGUCAAAUCAGUUUUCGUGUACAUGUGGCCGAUGUCAACGAUAACCCACCUAAAUGGCUUAAACAAAAGUCACACAGUGAUUUACAGAAUUCAAAUUAUGAGCAAGAAACAAGUUUAGAAAUGGAUAGUGAUUAUCCAAGAUUUUUAGUCUCUGUACCAGAAGAUACACAGAUAGGCGCAUUGAUUUUCUGGCUUCAAGCACGAGAUGCAGAUGUAGGUGAGAACUCUCGCCUUCAAUAUUUAAUUGAUACAAGCGCGCCUGGAGGAUUAAUUGGGGUUGACUAUUUAUCAGUUCAGCCGAAUACUGGGGAAGUACGGCUAAGAUCCCAGUUGGACUAUGAGACGAUUUCACUACAGACUAGUGGUCCUGAAAUUGUUAUUCCUGUUGUAGUGCAUGAUAAUCCACGUAAUGGACGUCAACUAUCAGCUCGAGCUACGCUUGUCAUCAGAGUUCUAGAUAUAAAUGAUGUGCCUCCCAAUAUAAUUGCAACUCCACUGUCUCCAGUACUUUCAAACGGUAACAUUUAUCCAAAUAUAGUUGGAAAUAAUCAUGUUACAUCUGUUUUUGGUAUAUGGGAAAAUCAGCCACCUGGUCAACCAGUGGCCAGUAUUCAUGUUAGUGAUCCAGAUACGGGUGAUGGGGGAGUUGUAACAUGUACAAUUGCCAGUGAACAUUUUCGUCUAGCAACUGAAUCCUCUUCGUCUGCAUCUCAUUAUGAAAACUUAUAUGGCAGUAAUAACAACCUAGAAACAAUGGAGUCUGAUUACAGAGUAUCAAAAGUGAUAGAAGCACUAUCCGGUUCUGCCACCUACCAGCUUAUAUCUGCCCAGCGUUUAGAUAGAGAAACAAUAUCGAGACAUCAAGUUCUCCUUACAUGUAGAGAUCACGAUGCAGUAAGACCACUUGCAUUCACUUAUAGAUUAGACAUUGAAGUAUUGGAUGAAAAUGAUAAUCCACCUAUAAUAUCAUCACAUAAAAUUUUAUUAACAUGUCCAGAAAAUGGGUCACCUGGAAGAGUUAUUGGUCGACUGAAUGCUACAGAUGCUGAUAUCGGUGAAAAUGCCCGACUGCACUUUUGGAUUGAUGAGGCCGAUGCCAGUUGGGUCAGUAUACAGUCAAAUACUGGAGAGAUUCGAGUUAAUACAGUAUUCGAUAGGGAAUUAGAGCCUGAGCGUACAUUCUAUGUUUACGUAUCCGACUCUGGUGCUAAUAUACACACAGCUUCAGCUGAAGUUAGAAUUGAAAUUCUCGAUGAAAAUGAUCACACACCACAUUUUACUGAUUUGUACUUCUUCUCCAUACCGGAAAAUAGUCCACCGGACACAGAAGUUGGUCAAAUUUAUGCCAUCGAUGAGGAUAGUGGAGUUAAUGGCAAGGUUCAGUAUUUUUUACGUCAACCAAGCAAAGAAUUCGAUUUAGACAAAAAUACAGGAAAGUUGACAGUACGUAAAAAUACUAUGGAUACUGGCAAAUACCAUUCCAAUGAAUUAUUUAGUAAAACCUCGAAUUUAUUGGAUCGUGAACUAAAAGACAGUUAUGAACUGUCAGUAUAUGCUGAGGAUUCCGGUAAUCCACCAAGACGUGCAACUGCCAUUGUUCAUAUCAGUAUAUCAGAUGUCAAUGAUCAUGCACCAGAAUUCCGGUAUCCCACACCUCAUGGUACAGGUAGUGUAUUAAACAUAUCAUGUGCCCAGUUGGGAAGUCAAAUUAUUGCUCAUGUACACGCAAAUGAUUCGGACACAGGGCGUAAUGGUGAUAUUGAGUACAGUAUUAUACGUCAUAGUAGUGGCAGGCAGCAAAUUAAAAAAGUUAAACGAAGCAGUAGUACUAUCCUGGGCAGUCAAGAAAAACUAGAAAGAAGUUCAGAGUCUCACAAUAAAAAGUCACAAGUGAACCAAUCAGUUGUACAAGAAGUAACAGGCUUCGGACAAGAUGGUGUUAAUAAGACAAUAGAAAUAAGAAAUUCUUCCAAUUCAAGACAUGUUAAAUGGGCUCCAUUAUCGCAAGUACUCAUGGGUGGACCAACAGAAGAACACUUUGAUAUUGACAGUUACAGUGGACAGUUAUUUUUAAUCCAUCCUAUACUUGAUUGCAGUCAGCCAGUUGACGUAAAGCUGUUGAUUCAAGCGAAUGAUGCAGGUCAACCACCGAAAUCCUCGACAGCACUCUUAACAUUGCAUGUAUAUCCAGCAAAUUCAGUGAAUGGACUGACCUUUGAAAAUAAUAAUCAUAAUAAUUUUAUGAAUCUUGCUGAUGUUAAGCGGAAUCUGGAUUUUAAUCGACGUUUAAAAGGUAAUACGAAUGCUUGGACAGAUGAUAAAAAUUCACGAUCAGUUUAUCAACAUGCAAGUUUUAGUGCAUCAGCUCCCGGAAUAUCUACAAAUCAAAGGAAUAUGAAUAGUUAUCAUUGGUCAGCCAUUGUUGGUCUAAUUGUAGCCAUGAUUGUUCUUGUACUGCUACUGUGUCUAAUGUUGAUCAUUUUAAGGAGACGUUUUAUUAUGGAUGCUAGAAAACUGUCUUCUAAAGAGAAGGCGAAAGCAAAUGAGGAUGGAAAUAAAUAUCAAACGGUUGUUGGUGUGACUCUUCGCCCAAAUGACAGAACAGUUCAAGAUAUAUACAAUAUAGGUUCACAAGGCACACAGCAAUUACAUGAAAUAGCAAGUAAUUCACAUACGCAUUCAACCUUUUCCACAAGAACACUAUCACAUCCCGGGGAAGAAUUCAACUGUUGUCCAGUCGGAACUAUGUUAUUUGAACCACAUCCUCAACUGUCAGCUGGCAGUCAUCUAUUCCGUACUUUACCAACGUCAUCGUCACCGUCAACAGCUACCAAGUUGAACACUGGUGAAAUAACUUUGCUUCAUGAUGAUCCUAUUUUUGUACAUAAUCGAAAUAAUAAUAAUAAUUUAUGCACCAUAGAACAACAACAAUCAAUUUACAAAGAACAGAACACUGAGCUCUACGGAUAUGUAGAUACACAGCCGAGAAGGGAAAAUAUUAUUUUACAAGGUAACACCUAUCAAACAUUACAGUCAAAACAGCAUCCUAGUUCACGAAAUAUAUCAUCUUUUGGUAGGACAAUAAUUGAAGACUAUUCAAGCAAUAAUAAUAGUGAACAAAUUAGAAGACUUCCACUACAACAACAUAAUCUUUACAAAAGUGGACAAUAUACACCUUUGAUUGACAUGAAUCAUGAGCAUAUCUGGGAACAAGUACAAUUAGUCCAAGCUUCACAACCAAACUUAUGCAUUAACUUCAAUCGUGAUGAUGAUAAUAAUAAUAAUAAUAUUAAUGUAAGGAAAAAUAACAACAACAUUCAAAACAACAAUAAUAAUAUUGAUGAGUGUAGUUCAUUUGGUCAUAUUAUUCACCGAAAAGAAUCCCUAACAUAUCAUGAAAAAGCUUUCAGUUUGACUGAUUUAAAUUCACAGAAAACAGAUAUUAUAUUAUGCGAUAGGGAUAACAAUAAUAAUAAUAACAAUAAUAAAGUCAAGAAAAGUAAUAUGAUCAAUUAUUGUAAAAUAAAAAACUUCAAUAAAUCUGAGUCAACUUCAUCACCAGCCAAUAACAAUAAUAAUACCAGCGUUAGAUUACAACAAAAUGAUGAAGAACAACAGGCAAGACGACAACAACAACAAUCAGGACCACUGCAUACAAAAAUUCAAAAACUCAAACAGAAAACUUCAACAGUACCAAUAUCGAAUAAGAAUCAGUGUACAACAUUGGAAACCAUUCAAACAGAGAUUUCGACAAAGACUACGACAAAGAAUUUAAACAUAAAUGAUACCAAUAAUGAUAAUAAUUCUUAUUGUACGGUGAGUUUUGUUUGAUUGUGUCAAAUAACGAUACAUAUGCACACACUGAAAACAUAGAUAUGUGAGACAGUAAAAUGAUCCACUGAGCCUAUGAUCAAUAAACGACGAGUCGAAAUAUAUGAAUAUGAAAUGCAUUUAUAUUUGUAGACUGCAUUUAGAGUGACUGCUGAAAACAAACUAACUAGUUAUCACUGUUAUCUUCCUUCAUGUUAAGUACACUGUCUCAUUGAAUAUUAAUCUCAUUAAUUUAACACACACACACACACACACGUUAACAAGCAAAAUCAAGAUACUCUUCUGUGUUAUGAAUGAAUUAAGCCAAACGGAAAAUUUUUUAUUUAAGCAUAAUGAAUCUAAAGGCUACCUGUUACAACCUAUUCAUUAUCUACCAGCUAAUUCUCUUUAUACACAUGCAAUGAAACAGUAAUUGAUCUACUUGUAAAGAAAAGAAUAUAUAUAUAUAUAUAUAUACAACACAUUUUUUUGUUUUGCCUAAAUGGAUAAAAAUCAAGAUUUUUCCACUUUUAAUUAGCACACCGGCACAACAAUUUCAUUCCCGUUGGACCCAGAGCAAAACGACAACGGACAGACAGAGAGAGAGACAUUUAAAGAAGAUAGAAGAGAACUGGAGUGAAUGUCUACAUCUCUAUUGGUUUAUUGAUGUUUAAUUUUGUCUUCCUCCUUCCUCAUCAUUCAUAUAAGACAAUGUACACACCUACAUCAUAUAUGCAUAUACCGAAAGCAACACUCCAUAAUUUUUAUUUAUCUUAAUUAACCGACAGCAGUAUUUAGUUGGGAUAAGGUAGAAACUAACACGACAAAUGAGAUAUUUAAAUACACAAUAUUUCUUUUUUUCGGAUAUACCUCAAGACAAUCAACAAGGAUUGACAGAGAUCCUAAGUAUAUAUAUAUAUAUAUAUAUAUAUAUACACUAGUGAUCUCAAUACAAGUGUGCACAACUUAACACCAUCAAACUCUCAACGAAUUCAAUAGGGUUUCAUCUAAAAGAAACAUUUACUGAUGACCAUUUCGAUGACUGACUUUAUUAUUAUUCUUAUUGCUAUUACAAUUAUUGACUCUAUUACUUUCUUCGUCAAACACAGUUUUUAUUAUUAUUAUUAUUAUUA